CAGAGUCGGAGGCGCUUGGACGAUCUCCCGGAUGAGUUGCUACUGCGGAUCAUGUCGUGGCUACUCGCCUCACGUCAUUUGCAUUGCUGUGCUCUGGUAAGCAAGAGGUGGAAGGAUUUGGCAAGGCGCGUCACUCACUUCUGCUUGGAUUUAUUAUGCCCUGCUACCGAGGAAAAGUUCAUUCACUGGUUCCAUCCAGAUCAUGGCAGCAACCUCCACUUCUUAGAAAUCAAACGCCUCUUGUGCGAUGCAGAUAAUAUCAGCUCCACUCACUGGCUACAAGUGAUCGGGAGAACUCUCCACUCGCUCGCCAUUCACGGCAUUCCCAAGCAAACGUUUGAGGGCUUCUGGUCCAGCAUCUCCGCGUGCCAGCAGCUGCGAUGCCUCCACAUCCACGCCAGCAUUAGCACCAAGCUUCCAACCUCGGCUCCGCCGCUGCUACCCAAUCUCCUCUAUUGCACUGUUGCAAGAUGUCGCGCUUCUGGGGUGAGUCGGCUCCUCGAGCACUGCCCCUCACUCGUGUUCUUGCGCGUGAGAACGGUCGUCGCGACGCGGCCUCGGACAUACCUUCUCAAGAGCCACAGUCUCGACUGCCUGCAGAUCUCCACUUGCGGUGGCAGCGCUGCUGCCAUCUUUUCUCUCGCCAUCGACAUGCCCAAGCUCCGGUGGCUCUUGGUCAGCGCCGUGCCGUGCGUGGAACUCCAGAGCGCUACAUGCAACGUCGAGUGGGUGCUCUUGGAUGGAGGUGUGCGCCACCGGGGGCUGUGCCACUCGUCACGCAAGCUCAAGUCGCUCACCAUCUCUCCGUCCUUCCGCAGCCCCGAGAAUGUUAUGCAGCGUCUCGCGCCAUUCCCAUCGAGAGUGGAAGGCAUCAAGGAACUGAGCCUGAGCCUGCUCGUCACGAGCGCUAACGAGUUUCAUCCUCGCUGCAUCAACCUCGCAGUCUUUUUGGAGAGGUUCCAGGGCCUCGAAGUUUUACGAGUCGCUCAUAGAACAAUCAAGGUACUGGGCCUGGAGUAUUGGAGGUGGAGGCACACGCCAUUAGUUGUCCACAUCGAGUCGAUUUACGCUAGCAGUGGUGUCACCUGGGAGAGCGACGAGAUAGAUUUUCUGUGGAAGCUCAUGAGAACCAACGAUUGCGUGACGAUGCUCGAGCUGGAAGGCUUCGUUUUCAAGGGCGAGCCCGCUGGUUUUCGGCCGCAACUCCCAGCCGCGUUUGGGGAGCUCUUGCAAGCUUUUCCGGGGCGUGUCAAGCUUCAUCCCGUUCGGUUUGGACUGGCGAAGAAGUGUGACAUGUUGUGGCGCUCCUGGGAAACCAGAGUUAGAUCCGAGGCUCCCUACAAGAUCACGGAGCACUGGUGCAAAGAGAUGCACCUCCAUGACACUCCCUGCGCUUGGGACUGGCAGUAGUGAGUAGUCUCAGGUUUGUUUCGGGAAAAAAAUGGAGAUGCUCGAGCUUUGGCUCGCCAGACAGUUCUCGAUAAGUA